AUGAGGCGGCUCGGCCUGCCCCUGCUGCUGAGCCUUAACACGCUCUGGGGCCGUUACUUCUUAGCAGCAGCAGCAGCAGCAGGGCCGUCGGACGCCGCCGCAGCAGCGGCCGACGCGGAGGCGGCCGCGCGCCAGGUGGACGCAGCGCAGCAGCAGCAGCAGCAGCAGCAGCAGCAGCAGCAGCUGGGCGUGGGGGGGGAUGUGAGCCUGGCGGUGCCGCCGGAGUGGGUGGCGGGAGCUCAGCAGCAGGCGCCGGCGCCGCAGGCGCAGCAGCAGCAGCAGCAGCAGCAGCAGCAGGGGCCGCGGGGUUCUUCGGGCCUGGAGGCGCAGCUGCAGCAGCAGCUGCAGCAGCAGCUGCAGCAGCAGGCGCAGCUGCAGCAGCAGCAGCAGCAGGCGGCGGGGCCGGCGGCGUCGGAAGACCUGAAGUCGCUGAGUUCGGGGUCGGGCGGAACAACAGCAGCAGGAGGGUCGGGCGCAGCAGCAGCAGCAGCAGCAGCAGCAACAGCAGCAACGGGGCUGUCGCUGUCGAGCACUCCUUACCUGGAGUCGGAAGCAGCAGCAGCAGCAGCAGGAGAGCCGCGGGACCUGCUGGCGCCGCGGGAGCUGCAGCAAGCCCCCGCGCAGGGCGGCUCUGCUGCUGCUGCUGCUGCUGCUGCUGCUGCUGCUGCUGCUGCUGCUGCUGCUGCUCUCGAAGCAGACGCUCUCCCCCCAUACAAAGGGGCUGAAGAACUCUUCGUGGGGGGCCUCCUCCUCUUCCUGGGGGGGGCCCUCAGCCUGCAAAACCUGCGGGGGCCCCCGGGGCCCCUCUUGGCUCUUUUUUUUGCCCUUUUGGGGGCCCUUUGUGCCCUUUUUGGGGCCUCUGCGCAGUUCAAAAGCAUCCGCAAAAGGACCAAG